AAAAUAUCUCAGGAUCCGCCCCUGUGUAAGUUGCGAUGCAGUAACUGUGAUACGUAGGGUUUAUAGCACAGAUCUAUACAACUGGCAUUAAAAUGUGCAAAUCCCCGCUGUCAAAGUUCGUCUGCUGUGGAUGGAAAUAGUCUUGUAAACUCUGGAGACUCCUUGAUUUUACUUAAGUAUGAGAAGGCAAAGUUAAAAACAUUUUGCCCAGGAGAGAGGGGCAAAUAUGGACGAUUUUCCUGCGUCUGCCGACACUCAGGGUGCUAGAAGAUGCCAUAUCCUAUAUCGUGGCCGUGAGCAGCGCGUAUGGCUCAGCCUUUAAUAUUAAGGAACGUCACAGUUCAACAUUUGCAUCUAGGUUAGCGGCACCUCUUCCGUUAGCUUGCCGUUGAUCGCGGAGGAGACUUAACUGGGCGUUUUCUCGGAGACGAUUUCGUGAUUCCUAUUUUUGUGGCUAACUCAAGAUGCAGACUUGCUGCGGUUGUUGGAAUCUUUUGCAAGGGUCCAGGGCCAGCGGAAUAUGGACGCUGGUUGCCGGCAUACUGAAUCUGCUAUGGUACAUCUACCAAGCUGCCUCAAACACACGGUCGUCAAUUAGUUGGAACACUUUCCUGGGCAUUGCUCUGCUAGUAAUUUGGAUUAUUACUUCCAUCAUUUUGUUGGUCGGAUUAUCCCAGAGUAACCGUUACAUGUUCCUUCCUUGGCUCAUCGUGACUGGGUUAAUCUGCCUCUUUCAGUUAAUCACCCUCAUAUACUUCAUCAUUGUUGCUAUCGUGGCUCCAAUUUUCUGGAUAACUGUGGUUAUUGCAGCGAUAAUUCUGGCUCUAAAUAUCUACGCCAUGGUCUGUGUAUCUUUCUACUACCAGCAAUUAGUUGAUGGCGGCGUCCAACCAAAAGUGUAGAUCCGCACAGAAUGAGUAGGCGCCUUCCCAUUGGUAAAAAGAUAGGCCGUUUUUGUACGUGCAUGUAGUCUGAUUCAAUAACCGUUCCGUAAUGUUAUAUGUAGGUUUAGGCUAGAAUAGUUUUUAGACUUGGGUCAAAUUGUAAUCAUUUAAUGUACGCGUAGCAUUAUAGGUGAUUCAUGCCAAUUACACAAAGCCCUUGUCUUUUAUAGAGACUAAUUGAGAUAUUACCCAAGAACAUAUUGUAUUGUAUUGUAUAGAUGGUGAAGAAUGGGUUUAUGUUAAUAUUUUAGGCAUCUAUUGGCAUUUUUAUAUAUAGGAAAUAGGAAGAUUAGUUGUUUGGUAUUUUCAGUAUCUUAAUAGAUAAUUUGCUUACAAAGUAGACGAGAGAGAUUCAAUCUGUACGUUUCUAGCAGGUUGGUUCUUAUUGGACCAGAACUUGAAGUUUAUAAUCGGCGAAUAUGCGACGGGACCUUUUAAAAAUUAUAGAUUAGCAUUAUUUUUUUUUUUUAUAGAUAAUGUGCCUUAGUGCAGAAAAAUGUUUUAUUUUUUCAUGAUACAUAUAUUUUCUCAUAAUUUUUCUUAUCGCUUACAAAGGCAUAAUUAUACAUAUUGUGUUUUUGAUAAAAAUUUACAUCUGCUAUCCGUGAUGAGAACUUUUA